GCAUUCCGCCCCCUUCCCCCUCCUCCGACGACACUCCAACGACACUCCAACGUUACCAAACCACAAACCACUCAACCACGCAUCACUGUCCGUUCUUGGUACCUGCAACAAUUCAAGUCCUUGUAUCAUCCGAAAGAAACAUUCAUAAUGGCUCCUGAUCACACUUGCUCCUGCGGUGCUUCUUGCCAGUGCCCUGCCGGCGGGUGCAAGUGCCCCGUAUGUCUCUCUCUUGCCCACCCAGAAUGCUAUCAUUAGAAAUAAAUAUCUUCUCUCAUUGAUAAGUCUCCUUGGGGAUUAUUCUGCCUAGGUGGUGGUCAGUGAAUGGCAUUGUGACACCGGGAGUCGGG